GUCACAUCGCGACUUUCGGAUUCUCGUUGACUGCAGUAAAAGAGAAACUGCGCGCUGAUUCUGAGCCUCAACUACUAAUUUACAUUGAUAUCUAGCAGUCUGUAUAACCAAAAUGGAUACGCAGGUUGUGAAAAUACCACCGAAGCGCACAUGAGUUUCUCUCCAACUACAGUAAAGUUAGUUUCACAGAAUGGACCUGCCUUGUGUCGAGUGGCAAAAGCAUGUUGAACAGAAGUGGAGCCGACUCACUCCUGAUGAGAAGAAAUGUUUCUCGUCCCUGUUGGACAUAGAUGAGGUCUUUGAUUUUGGCCUGUCUCAAAUAAUCCAAGAGGAUGUAGACUUUCUGUCGGGCAUUUCUAAGGACUAUCCUGUCCAGAAGGACCUUGAGCGAGCUGCCAGAUGUCGGAAGGAGGGCAACUCCAGGUUUAAAGCCAGGGACUACACUGCUGCUGUCCUGCACUACUCACAGGGUGUGUGUCAUGCAUCUCUGAGCUCAGAGCAGCUGUCUCUGUGCUAUGCCAACCGUUCUGCUGCACUCUUUCACCUCCAUCGCUACAGGGAGUGCCUCGAGGACAUCGACAGAGCCCUGAACCAUGGCUACCCAAGUCACCUGAAGCACAAACUACAGGACAGACGGGCACAGUGCCUCAACCACUUCCCCAACGGGACAGAGGGGCUAAACACCGCCAAGCAGGAGGCAGGGCACCAGGCAGAGGUUGUGUGUAGCAGGACCAACUCAACAAAGCCCAACCCAAAGUCCCCAAACUCCCAGCAGCAGAAUGGGAGUGCUCUUGGGUCGUGUCUCUCCGCUGGUUUGUCCGUGUGCUUCAGCCCUGAAAAAGGGCGACACCUGGUGGCCACCACGGGAAUCGCGGCCGGAGAGGUGAUAUUGGAGGACAGGGCUUACAGCUGUGUGCUUAUACCAGGGAUGGGGGGAGGGAGAAGAGAGGAGACGGAGGAAGCAGGAAGAGUGUUUGGGACCGAGGUGAGGCACUGUCAUCAGUGUUUGGGGGAGACGGUGAGCCCUGUGCCAUGUGAGGGGUGCAGCUACGCUCGCUACUGCUCAGAGGGGUGUCGUAGAGGCGCGUGGGAGUGGCAUCAUCGCUGGGAGUGUCCAAUCGGAGCCGAGCUGAGUACUGCGGGAGUGAUGUCACAGCUGGCGCUGAGGGUGGCAUUAAAGGCGGGGGUGAAGGAGGUACUGAAGGCACGGGAACCAAUCAGAGACGCGGAUAAUGAUUCUAAACUAAUCAGAGAGAAGAUUAGCUCCAAGAAUUCCAGUUCUAAGCCAAUCACAGAAAAGAUGCGCCCAAAGAAGAAGAAUUCUGGGUCCAGUGACGCCACCUCAACUGAGCCGGAGGUCAACGACCCCUCUGCUUAUUACCAUGGUGAUUCCUACCUGAGCGUCUACCACCUGCUGCCUCACCUGAAUGGCCACGCCCCCAGCCAGCGCUUCUUGUGCUCUGUCACCAUAGCAACGCUCUACCUGCGGCUGCGCCAGGCGGGACCUCCACCUGUGUCCUGGGAGAGAGGAGGAGCGUCUGAAAGCAGGAAGUGCAGCAAACAAUCGCAGGCCCCCGAGGAGGGAGAGGGUUGGGCUCCGGAGCUAAGCCUGCUGGGAAGUGUAGCUCUGAGGCACAUGCUGCAGCUGAGAUGUAAUGCCCAGGCAGUGAGCCUGCUCAGAGACACAGGUGAUUUUACUGCGGUGCAGUCCACCCAGGAAGUGCGCAUUGCCACGGCAAUAUUCCCCACACUGAGUAUCCUAAACCACUCCUGUUGCCCCAACACAAGCCUCAACUUCAGGACCUCUCACCUGGUCUCACCUCAACCAGACCAAGGCUCUGCUGGUGAACCGGUUUCUACCGGUCCUGAGGCCUGUUCUGCUCCUGUCUCCGUAUCAGCUGGAGUAGCUGUCUCUAUCAGAGCAUCCAGAGACAUCUGUCCUGGACAGGAAAUCCUCCACUGUUACGGUCCUCACAGCAGCAGGAUGGUGUUGUGUGAGCGUCGGCGACUCCUACAGGAGCAGUACCACUUCCUGUGUAUCUGUCAGGCCUGCAGUCUGGGGCAGGGGGAGGGGCCAGACACACAUCUGCAUUGUGGGAAGUGCAAGGGACCUGUAAAGCAGUGCAGCGUGGACGGUGCAGGGUGGUGCGUGUGUGUGCGGUCAUCUUGCGGUCAUCGUGUGUCACGCUCCGAACUGGACCUCAGACUGCAGGAGGUCAAGGUUCAUCUGGAGCAGGCAGUGGACCUCCUGGAGACAGACAGACCAGACCAGUCUGUCAGGUUGUUACAGAGAGCAGUGUCUCAGGCUGGUGUCUUCCUAAAAGACACUCAUUUUCUACAGGGACAACUGGCUGAUGCCAUGGCCAGAGCAUAUUCCACUAUGGGUGAGUGGCGAGGGGCAGCGUCCCAGUUGGAGCGUAGUGUUUUAACCAUCCGUUCCCAGUAUGGAGAGGACAGUAUUGAACUGGGACGUCAGCUCUUUAAACUGGCACAGCUACACUUCAAUGGGGGUUUCCCAGCUCCAGCUCUCUCUGUGAUCUCCAGGGCCAGAAGACUCCUGUCCCUCCACUGUGGACCCCACUGUCCUGAGAUACAGGAACUUCAGGCCAUGGAGGACUGUCUACAGGGGGUGUUGUAAGACAGGCAGACAGGCAGGCAGGCAGACAGACAGGCAGGCAGGCAGGCAGACCGACAGGGAGAGCUAUGUGAGGGAGAGCUAUGUGAGGGAGAGCUAUGUGAGGGAGAGCUAUGUGAGGGAGAGCUAUGUGUGAGAGAGAGAGGGAGAGAAACGAGAUUAUAGCAGUGUCGUAGUACUCGAGACCGGUCUCUUUGAGUGUCUCAGUCUUGUCUCUGUGUAGGAUACAUUUGUCCUCUGUCUUGACUCGGUCUCAGACAGUGAGGAGUCUUCAUUUCUUCCUGAGACCAGCCAAGACCAGCGGAGUAAAAAACAGCUUCCAUUCAAUAAGUGCAUAAAACCGUUUCGCCAGGCCAAAUAUAUCCACUCCUUUCUUGAAACAUUUAAUACCUGAACAGCCCUUUAAAUCUGUUAUAGACACGGUGGUGAACCUGGGCCUUCAGGGUGUGACAGCAUUUCACAAUCAUGAACCUAACUAAGGCAACAAUGGGUGUUCAAAGCAGAUAUUGAAAAAAGUUUAGUCCCAAGUCUUAGUUAGUAGGCUAAUUCAGUCAUAAUGCGCUGUUUGCAGCAGGAGUGUAGGCAUCAGGCCCUGCCAGGCACACCAAGUCAGAUUGAGCAACAAAAAUGAAAAGAAUAUAUUGUUAUGAAAAAGGAAGAAAGUUCUGCUCACCAAAUGAUGCUGAUCAUUUGAAACAACCCCUUUGCUGCAGACCAUGAUCAAAAGUGCCCUCUUUGGCCUCAUGGGUGGAAUGUUAUUCAUAUUUUUACUAAUUAAUUAAGUUUAUAUAAAUAAACACAAUUCUGGUGUUUACAUGUCUUUUUUGGUUUAAAA